AUGAGUGAAAAGGAAAUGAUGUACGACUCUAUACUUGCUAGAAGCUUCAGUAAGCAAGAGCAGAAGAAGUUGAGAUACGUAGCAAUAUUUUGUUGCUUCCUUAUUGCAUUGAGCUUCUGCACUGUGUUUAAGCCUUAUUUGGGUCCUCUACCAGUUUUGAAUUUGCGGUUAUCUAUUGAUGUUAGUGAUCUCAAGAUGCUGAUAGUCAAAGAUACAAGCACUUCCCACAUGGAUUCCACCAAUUCUCAACGGAUAGAGGUUUCAGAUGCUAUCCCCAAGAAAAUAGAUGAGCUUGUGUGCAAUAUAACAGAAAGGUCGGACUUGUGCGAGAUUAAUCAUGAUAUAAGGAUUGAUGGGAGGUCGGCCACUAUAUAUUUUGCUUCAACACAUGAACAUGAAGCGAAUAGCUCAUGGAAUAUCAGACCAUAUGCUAGAAAAUAUGACAGAGUUGCAAUGAGUCGCGCUAAGGAAUGGUCAGUAAAAAGUGUCCAACAACUUCAACUCCCACAUUGCACUCAAAAUCACAGCAUUCCAGCAGUUGUUUUCUCCAGUGGAGGAUAUUCAGGAAACCACUUUCAUGACUUCAGUGACAUUCUUAUUCCGCUCUACAUAACCUCCAGACAGUUUAAUGGGCAAGUACAAUUCAUUGUCACCGACAAACAUUCAUGGUGGAUUAAUAAGUUUCAAAAUGUAAUCAGAAACUUAUCCAAUUAUGACAUCAUCGACAUAGAUAAAGAGACGGAUAUUCAUUGCUUUACAAGAGGGAUUGUUGGCCUUAAACGGCAUGAUAGAGAGCUACGUAUUGAUCCUUCAACCUCUCCUUAUUAUUCUAUAAAGGACUUCAGGGAGUUUAUUAGAAGUUCGUAUUCUUUGAAGAAAGCUACAGCAAUAAAACUCAAAGAUGGUGAUCAGAACAAAAUUAAGCCUGGACUUCUGAUAAUAUCGCGAAAGCGAACACGAACAUUCACCAAUACAGGUAAGAUUGCUGAAAUGGGAAGAAAGUUGGGUUUUCAAGUAGUUGUAACAGAAGCUGAAAGUAACCUGUCAAGAUUUGCGGAAACUGUCAACUCCUGUGAUGUGUUCUUGGGAGUUCAUGGAGCUGGGUUGACUAACAUGAUAUUUCUUCCUGAAAGAGCAGUUUUUAUACAAGUUGUUCCCUUCGGCGGGUUUGAAUGGCUGGCAAGAACAGAUUAUGAAGAACCAUCUAAGCAAAUGAACAUGAGGUACUUGGAAUAUAAGAUUAAGAUUGAAGAGAGUAGUUUGCUACAACAAUACCCAAUUGACCAUCAAGUAAUAAAGGAUCCCUCCUCAAUAGGAAAACAGGGAUGGAAGGUGUUUAGGUCAGUUUACAUGGAGAGGCAAAAUGUACAGCUUGAUUUGAAUAGGUUUAGAAGUACUUUGUUAAAAGCUCUCGAGCUUUUGCAUCAGUAA